AAAUCGCAUCACACUCGAGGUCGGAAAAGAGAGCUCGCAGUGUAUUCUUGUUCCAUUCUCCCUCAUCAUCCGAUAGCAAGGCCUUCACACUCAUAUCAAGAGUUCCAUUCGGUUAUCUAGUAGUAAUUAUCCCAUUUUCAGAUCAGAUCAGAUCAGAUGAAAAAGAUUCAGAUCAGAUCACAACAAUUCAGGUCAAAUCAGACCAGAUCAGAAUCAUUCAAAUCAGAAUCUUUAAGAUCAAGCUCAAUCGUCUCAUAGAAGAAAUUAAAGAUAGAAAACUAUUCAGAGUGCCUAAAGCACAUGAAGCAAUUCCCGAGUAUCUUAUGCUUUGCGACGAGCAUCAACAAGAGCAAAAGUCAGUCUCUAUCCCAAAUCAGACUAUAUCUCGAGAAAAAUAUCUUCAUUCACGACCAAUUACAUAUCAAGGGUCAAGAGCAAAGAUGAAUUGAAGAUUUUAAUUCGCUCUAAAGAUCAAGGGUUUUCCACCAAGAUCAUAAUUGUUGUUUAUAAAGAGAUUUCCCAUAAUUUAGAAACACACCCUUUCAAUUUUUAAUGCAUGUGUUUUAGUCAUUCUAAAGUGUUACGGAUCCUAAUUAACUUCUUUAUUCUUAUAUACUAUGAUAUCAAAUUAUAAAUCUUUCAGUGCUUUUGGCAAUGAGAAUCGGAAAAUUCAUAAGAAA